UCUUUUUUCGGCGAAUUAGAGUAACAUAUAUAGUGCUCCAUUUGUCGUGUUAAUGUCAUUUCCUAAAUCUAUUCCUCCAAUAAACACACACACAAACACCCUAUCCCUUUCUUUUUGUCACACACACAUCACACUCUGCUUUUUCUGAGUUGUUAACGAGUCGUUUAGGAAAGACAAACAGAAGUAAGUACAGAUGCUGCUCAGGAAGACCUUACACACAACCAAGAAGUUUCUCAACAAAACCCUCCAAAACUUCAAGUGUUUCGUCUUUGGAGGGUAUAAAAAGCUAACCAGAGCUCCUUCUUUGAAAAUUUUUCGUACUAAUAUGAACAACCCAAAGAUGCAGCAACUGGACAAUUUUUACAAACAGGUCUGUGAGCAGUUGGAUUCCAAUGAUGAUGUCAAAGUUUCCGAAAAACAAGACCUGGAAUCAAAUAGAAGCAUGAUCAACGCACAAGGUCACAAUUCAGUGGUAAUUAGCAGCGUUGAAGAAGAAGAAAACAACGGUUGCUCUAAAUGGGUUGAUGGUAGGAGCCAAAGCAGUGUUUUGGAGCGAAAAAUGAAAGAAUUGGAGAUGAUGGAUGUGAAGGAUGAGGAGCAUGUCUUAGAUGUAGAAGAGGUUCUUCACUACUAUUCUUUGCUUACAAGUCCGAUUUACCAAGAUCUCGUUGAUAAGUUUUUCACAGAUAUGUACUCGGAAUUCAACGUUUCACAACCACCGAUAAGAAGUAAUAGCCUCAAUAGCUCUAUAAGGAGGCUAGGUCCUUUGAACAUCUAGAUGAUGCCAUGCUGCUGGUUUAAUUAAUCACCAUUCUUACAACAAUCUUUUUCUGUCUGUGUGUGGAUUUGAGUGUUUGUGUAUUUUUUUUUUUUUUUUCUGUUUAUCUUUUCAAUUCUCAU